AUGUCUACUAAACUACUUGCACUCUCUCUUUCACUUUGCUUUCUACUUUUCAGUAGCUGCUUUGCUCUCAGAGAACAGUCUCAACAAAAUGAGUGUCAGCUAGAACGCCUCGAUGCCCUUGAACCAGAUAACCGUAUAGAGUCAGAAGGUGGACUUAUUGAGACUUGGAAUCCAAACAACAGGCAAUUUCGAUGUGCAGGCGUGGCCCUCUCUCGUGCUACCCUUCAGCGCAAUGCCCUUCGCAGACCUUACUAUUCCAAUGCUCCCCAAGAAAUUUACAUCCAACAAGGUAAUGGAUAUUUUGGCAUGGUAUUCCCUGGUUGUCCUGAGACCUUUGAGGAGCCACAACAAUCUGAACAAGGAGAGGGACGCAGGUACAGAGACAGCCACCAAAAGGUUAACCGAUUUAGAGAGGGUGAUAUCAUUGCAGUUCCUACUGGUAUUGUAUUUUGGAUGUACAAUGACCAAGAUACUCCAGUUAUUGCCAUUUCUCUUACUGAUACUGGCAGCUCCAAUAACCAGCUUGAUCAGAUGCCUAGGAGAUUCUAUCUUGCUGGGAACCAAGAGCAAGAGUUUCUACGAUACCAACAUCAACAAGGAGGAAAGGAAGAACAAGACAAUGACGGGAACAACAUUUUCAGCGGCUUCAAGAGGGAUUUCUUGGAAGAUGCUUUGAACGUGAACAGGCAUAUAGUAGACAGACUUCAAGGCAGGAACGAAGACGAAGAGAAGGGAGCCAUUGUCAAAGUGAAAGGUGGUCUCAGCAUCAUAACCCCUCCGGAGAGGCAAGCGCGCCACCCGAGAGGCAGCAGACAAGAAGAAGAUGAAGAUGAAGAUGAAAAGGAAGAGAGACAACCAAGCCAUCAUAAAAGCAGAAGAGGUGAAGAUGAAGACGACAAGGAAAAGCGCCACAGCCAAAAAGGUGAAAGCAGAAGGCAUGGAGACAAUGGGCUUGAGGAAACCGUUUGCACUGCCAAACUUCGGCUGAACAUUGGUUCAUCUUCAUCGCCAGACAUCUACAACCCUCAAGCUGGUAGAAUCAAAACUGUUACCAGCCUUGACCUCCCAGUUCUCAGGUGGCUCAAACUAAGUGCUGAGCAUGGAUCUCUCCGCAAAAAUGCUAUGUUUGUGCCUCACUACAACCUCAACGCAAACAGCGUAUUAUACGCAUUGAAGGGACGUGCAAGGCUACAAGUUGUGAACUGCAAUGGCAACACUGUGUUUGAUGGAGAGCUAGAGGCCGGUCGUGCAUUGACAGUGCCACAAAACUAUGCUGUGGCUGCAAAAUCAUUGAGCGACAGGUUCACAUAUGUAGCAUUCAAGACCAAUGAUAGAGCUGGUAUUGCAAAACUUGCAGGGACAACAUCAGCUAUAAAUGCUCUGCCUUUGGAUGUAGUCGCAGCUACAUUCAACCUGCAGAGGAAUGAGGCAAGGCAGCUCAAGUCCAACAAUCCUUUCAAAUUUUUAGUUCCACCACGUGAGUCUGAGAAAAGAGCUUCGGCUUAG